GCCAGAAGUGUUUUCUACUGACCCACUUCACUUGCGCUAUCUGUUAUCAUACACGAAUGUCAUUUAUUGUUAUAGUAUAGCUGCAGGAGAGAAAUUUUUGCAACACGGAAAAAUAUUUAUUGGUAACAACAGGUUCACAAGCAACCAAAAAAUAAUUGGAAGUCAAAAUAUGUGUUUGAUGACUCGUCAAAGCAACUUUAUUAACGUCGAGGACAGAUGCUGCGAUAGUUAAUUUAAGCAGGGUGAUGUUAAAAUAAAAAUUAUUCAAAAAGACUGAGAAAUAAUAAUUGUGAGCUUAAUAAAGAACCUCCUAAGAUGGAAAAUAAUAUAAGAGAAUUAGACAUAAUGAUUAUUGGAAAAACUGGAUAUGGAAAAAGUUCCCUUGGAAAUAGUAUUCUUAACAAGAAAUUAUUUGAUACAUCGGAUGAUGUGAAUUCUUGUACUAAAGAUCCUGACUUAAAAAUUCAGUAUAACAGUGCUAUCGAUGCGCAUUUCGGAGUGAUCGACACUCCUGGAUUAUACGACACCAAACAGACAAGGGAAGCGGUUCUUAAGACACUUUGCUGUGCAAUUAGUCAGUGCUGUAAUGGUGUCAACGCAAUAAUAUUAGUAUUAAAAUUUGGAAAAAAAGUUACCAUCGAAGACAAAAAUGUCAUUAUUGAUUUCAAAACUUUGCUUGGGGAAGAUUUUGUAAUGAAGCAUUGUAUUAUAGCUAUGACAAACGGCGAUAGAUUUGAUCGUCAUCAAAAACAGAAUCCAGGAAGUUUUGAUGAAUGGUGCCAAACACAAACAGGAUUGUUCAAAGACUUGUUGAGUGAAUGUAAUAACAGAAUUAUUUUGUUUUACAACAAAAACAAGCCAGAAUUCAAAUCAAAACAAGAAGCUGCUCUAAGACAAUUAGUAGAUAUGGUCCGAGAUUUAUCAAAGCGAAAUGGACGAUACAAUGGGGGCUUAUUAAAAAAUCUUAGUGAAAAAAGAGAAGAAUUUUUACAAAAACAUAAUCUUCAUGAAUACAGCGUUAACAUACAGCGUGAAGUUUGUUUGCUGGAGGAAAUGAUUGAAAAAACAUUAGAAGGUUCGAGCGCACACGAUGAAAGCUUUAUCCGCUUAAUUAAAAACAGAGCCGAAAACCUGCAUGUAAAUGCUUGUGCGAUUGAUAACUUCCCAGAAGACACCAAGAAUCAAAUCAAAGAGCUUAGAGAUAAACUGAUAUUAAACUCCAAUUUUAAAGGUGCUUUAGGCGAUAUCGUACGUUUGAAAAAAUCUGAAGCGGAUCUUAAAAAUCACAAGCCGUUUUUAACAGACUUUUUCGGUUGGGUGGGUGUAAUCGUAGCAACAACAAUAGUUACUGCAGGACUUGGUACUGGACUUGCCUAUGCUGUUGCUGUACAUAAUAUGGAGAAAUCUGUUUGUACGAACAAAAACGAGACAAACAAUGGCGGGUUGGAAAUAUAUGAUUAA